AGCGUCAUAGCGACCAAUCGACACACUUUGCGCCUUUCGGUCGCAGCGCGCGGACCUUCAUCGUCAUCUGCCCAGUCGCUGUACCUGUUCGAGGGCGCGUUUACCGCGAUUCGUCCUAGUUUUCUGCGCGGAAAGUUCAUCGAUCUUUUGUACACAGUCGAGUCGACGAGGACGAGCCGCCACUAGGAAGCCAUGUCGAUCGCCUACAGGAAUUCGAUGAAUGCCAUCGGCAAGUUCGUGCCCCAAGGACUGCAGCCUCUGUGGAAACAUCCAGCUGGUCCACAAACCAUUUUCUUCUGGGCACCAGCUUUCAAAUGGGGGCUCGUAAUCGCCGGUCUCGGUGAUCUGCAAAGGCCGGUGGAGAAGAUCUCCCUUAGCCAAUCUGGUGCUCUGGGUAUUACGGGAGUGAUUUGGACCAGAUAUUCCUUGGUCAUCACCCCGAGAAAUUGGAGCCUCUUUAGCGUAAAUCUCUUCGUCGCGUUUACGGCUUUAUAUCAAAUAUCGAGAGCCUUGAGGUAUCAGUACCAACAGGCACCUCUAGAAAAAGCAACUCCAUCAGACGCAACUCACUGAUGAUAACUGUAUUAGAUAUACAUUCCUAGGGGACGAAAAUAAGAAUAUAUAUUUAAUUCUCUUCACUACUUCGCGUUUCAUAAAAUAUUCAUUCAUGUUAUCAUGUACCCAGCCCGGGACUGAAAGUCCAGUGACGUCUAGUAUCUGACCAAUAUAUCUUAAUGAACGAACGAGAAAAUAGAAAGGUAAUCAUCAAGUUAUAAUUAAAUUCUUUUUAAAAUCGUAUAUAUAAUAUAUAAUUGCGUUUAAAAAAAAUAGAUCUGUCAGCGAUCGGGCAUUAUAGACAUAUAUUCCUAAAUAGGACUAAUAUCGCCUGAAAUAACAGAAAAAGACAAUUAUUCUAAAAGUUUAAGUCGAUCGAUGAAAUAACAAUGUGACAUCUGAUUGACGUCUAAUUGGUAUCAUAAUUGAGGAGAUAUUUUUAAGCAUUUUCGCGAUAUUUCGCGUAAAAUGAGUCGAAAGAAAUGUAGAGUUCCAAUGUCGAUUAUGUUUCUUGGGUGCCAAACUGUGAUACAUACGUAUGACGCAUGGUGUUUGAUCGUUAACGUUGACGUAAUAAAUCAAUAUUGUACGAUUAGAUUAAUUAUAAUCGCGGUUGAGACUCUUACUAAGUCACACAAGUAACGGACAUUACAAAUUCAACUACAUCGUACAUAUUAUUGAUCUCUCAUCGAUUAUACAUACAUACGUCACGCAACCACGUGCGUUCUACCUCGUGACGUAACGAUGCUUCCGCACGACAUAUCGACGUUUAGAGGAGAAUGGACGAAUGUACAUACAAAUGUGUAUCUCAUAUUAUUGUUGUAACUGCCUCGCUCUGAUCAAAUAAAUUACGAAUUAUUUUUAAUA